UCUGAAGUCGGGACUGCAAGAGAAGCUAUGAGGAGCGCCGUGCUCCUCCUGAGCCUACUUCUGACAGCAGCUCCGUUUGGCCUUCUGGGGGAGGAGACCCGCCAGGUGUCUCUGAAGGUCAUCUCUGACUGGCUGGACCCUUCCCAGAACCUGCUUCAUAUCCAGGCAGUGGGUGCCACUUCCACCCUGCACUAUGUGUGGAGCAGCCUGGGACCCCCAGCCGUGCUGCUGGUGGCCACCAACACCCCCAGCAGCACCCUGAAUGUCAACUGGAGCCUCCUGAUUUCCUCUGAGCCUGACGGGGGCAUCAUGGUGCUCCCCAAGGAGAGCAUCCAAUUUUCUUCUGCCCUCGUCUUUACCAGGCUGUUUGAGUUUGACAGCACCAACACAUCCGAUGCAGCCGCAAAGCCUCCAGGAAAAUCAUAUCCCCCAUACUCCUUGGCCGAUUUCUCCUGGGACAACAUCACUGACUCAUUGGAUCCUGCCACCCUGAGUGCCACAUUUCGAGGCCACCCCAUUCACGACCCCAUUGGGGCUUUUGCCAGUGGCAGCCUGGCCUUCAGGGUUCAGGCCUUCUCCAGAUCUGGCCGACCAGCCCAACCCCCUCGCCUCCUGCACACAGCGGACACCUGCCAGCUAGAGGUGGACCUGGUUGGGGCCUCUCCCCGGGGAAACCACUCCUUGUUUGGGCUGGAGGUAGCCACGUUGGGCCAUGGCCCUGACUGCCCCUCAGUGCAGGAGCAGCACUCCAUCGAUGAUGAAUAUGCACCUGCCGUCUUCCAGUUGGACCAGCUGCUAUGGGGCUCCCUCCCAUCAGGCUUCAUGCAGUGGCGACCAGUGGCUUUCUCUCAGAAGCAGGGGGGCCGGGAAUCAGCCAUGCCCUGCCAAGCUUCCCCUCUUUACCCCACCUUGGCAUACCUUCUCCCCCAGUCACCCAUUGUCCGAGCCUUCUUUGGGUCCCAGAACAACUUCUGUGCCUUCAAUCUGACAUUUGGGGCUUCCACAGGCCCUGGCUACUGGGACAAACACUACCUCAGCUGGUCCAUGCUCCUGGGUGUGGGCACCCCUCCAGUAGAUGCCUUGUCCUCGCUAGUCCUAGGCAUCGUGGCAGUGGUCCUGGGUGCUCCAGCGCUCAUGCUGCUGGCAGGAGGCGUGUUUCUGCUGCUGGGCCACAAGCGGUACUCAGAAUAUCAGCCUAUAAAUUGAGGCCUGCUCUCUAGAGGGAAGGACAUUACUGGACCUGCCUUGCUGGUCUGCAGGUUUGAGGGUCAGUAUUCCUAGCCAGCUGCUCCCUUUUCGCAUCUUGCUUUUCUGCAGAACCUUAGAGACCAGCCUCAACUUCCUGCGGACCCAGGUGGGGCUUCCUUCAAACUUUGAGGAGGGACCAGGGACAGAGUGAUUGCUAGAGGGAGGGUCCCCUCCACGUUGCCUCCCCGCCCCUCCACCCCCCCAUUUCCCUUGAAUGGGACUCACAGGUCUAAAUGAGAGGCCUUCUGACUUGUCUGCUACUCUGGAGGGCAUGAAAUAGACUAAGUUUUUCCCCAGG